AUGAGGAGCUGGCUCCAUGGCCUCCUCCUGUUGGGGCUGUCUGCUAUGACAGCCAAUGCGAUGGAGAUGAGAAUGCAGGACCAAACAAAUGACAACAGACAAAUAUGCGCGGGCAUGUAUUCGAGGAACACAUGGGGCGGAGCUGUCGAACCACAUAUAUUGGUGAAGUUCAUAAAAGAGACGGUCGAGGAUGACUCGGAUCCAAUUGCUAGUAUGGUCAUUUUUGAAUGGAAGGAUUAUGAUCUUAUUGGAGUUUUACCAACACCAGACUCUAUGCAGAAAGAAUACAUCUGCGACCCAGAAACCAUUAACAACGAAUACUGCAAUGUCAAUCAGACGGGAGAAUUCAUCCUGGCACCGAAUGCGACAGACCUCUCAGUUAACCUGAUAUUUACACAAGCAGUCCACCUUAAAGACCCAGGUCUACCAAUCAACUAUGGAAUCAAGAAGACGGGCUAUUAUUGUGUUGGGACAACAGCAUAUUCUCCUUCUGAUGUGGAGUAUACGGCGACUGUGGAGUUCCGAAACGCCUAUGGAGAAUUGCCAGCGGCUCAAAUUGCCAAGCUUCCAUUCUAUGGAGGCAUUACGAUUGUUUAUGCUGUUAUUGGAGCAUUUUGGGCUUUCCUCUAUGUCCAACAUAGACAUGAUAUCUUACCCGUGCAGAAUUACAUUACAGCAAUCAUUAUAUUCUUGAUUGUCGAAAUGCUGAUGACCUGGGGUUUCUAUGACUACAUGAACCGCAAUGGCUCUAAUCUCGGCGCCAAGGUUCUGAUGAUUGUAGUUGCUAUCCUCAACGCUGGACGAAACUCGUUCUCCUUCUUCCUCCUGCUCAUCGUCUGCAUGGGCUAUGGUGUCGUCAAGCCUACCUUAGGCAAGACCAUGAUCUACGUCCGAUGGCUCGCUGGAGCUCACUUCGUAUUCGGCCUAAUCUACUCCAUUGCAAGCUUAACCGUGACCCCAGAAAAUGCUGGUCCCCUCGUCCUCUUCGUCAUCCUCCCCCUAGCAGGAACCCUAACCGCCUUCUACGUCUGGACCCUCAACUCCCUAAACGCCACCAUCAAAGACCUCCGCGAACGCAAACAGACCGUGAAAGAGAGCAUGUACCGCUACCUCUGGUGGUCAAUCCUCGCCUCCAUCGCCGUAAUAUUCGGCUUCUUCUUCUUCAACUCCUUCACGUUCGCCUCAGCCUCCGAUCCCAACUUCGUCCCCUUCCACUGGAAAACCCGCUGGUUCAUCCUCGACGGUUGGCUGAACCUUGUGUAUCUGGCCGAUGUGGUGUUUAUUGCGUAUCUCUGGCGGCCGACGGCGAAUAAUAGGCGUUUUGCGAUGAGUGAUGAGCUGGCGCAGGAUGAUGAGGGGUUUGAGAUUGCGGAUUUUGGAGCGGAUGAUGAUGAGGAUGACGAUGAUUUGGAGAAUGGGACGGCGAAUAGGGGGCAGGAGGGUGCGAGGUAUGAUCCUCCUCCUGCGUCGAAUACGGCUAAGGAGAUCCCGAGAGAGAGUUUGGAUGGGGAGACGAUUUUUGCUGUGGGCGAUGAGAAUGAUAGGUGGAGUGACGAUGGAAGUGAUGAGGAGAGAGGAAAGUUGGUAGGGAAGGCGGGUAAGGAUACUUGA